AUGGCCGAGAUUUUCUUUUUGAAUGUCGAGCCGCCCGCAUCGGCGCCCGUUUUCGGGCUUCCAACUAGCGCAAUACACCACCCUAGCUCAUUGGUUGCCCUCAUAUCGAGCCUUUUCCAAAAAGGCAACAGUGAGCAAGAUAUCGACCAUAUCGUCAUGGUCAUCUUAGACCCGACCUCUACACAUGGUGCUGGUAGAACAGAGCUAGAUCGUUUGUCAUGCGAGGACACGACUCUUUUGCUCCGCUACUUCUUCUGCCACUUGAACUUGGUUGUUGUGGAUGUCAAUGCUCUUAAAUCGGGCAACAACGCCACAGUUUUGAAGUCCGCAGUAGAUAAAGCAAAUCUGGUGCUCAAGGAUAGGAUUUCCCGCGUGGCCACUUGGACCGGAACGGGUGGCUUCAACGUGAAUGAUUUUUUUGGCGAUGUGGCUUUGGGCGUCGAUCACAAGCAAUCUUUGGCCAUGUCAGACGUCAUCUCGACCAUGUCGUCUAUGCUUGACCAUAAUGGCAACAAGACUCCCGUAAUUGAAGCGAAAUUGAAGCAUCUCUUGCAUUUGAUUGUGAGUCAUGUCGAUUUCAAGCUUUUGUUGGAAGACCACUCGGACGCUCACUUGGCCAAGUUGUGUCAUUACGUGGGCCACUGGUCCUUUCCUGCUCACGAGCUUUCAAAUGAUGACUUGGUUUACUGCGUCUUUUUGAUCUUACGCCACGCUAUUGAGUUUGCUGAAUCUCAGGGAGAAACUGAAUUCCUGACAUCUUCCAACGAGCUACUUGCGCUUGUUUUUAUGGUUAGAGACACAUAUAACAACGGCAACCCAUUUCAUAAUUUCCGUCAUGCGGUUGAUGUCUUGCAAGCAUGCUUCCACUUCCUUCUCCGGAUGAAGUGUUUGCCCGAAUUUCUUCAAUUCGAACUGGACCCACAUACAAACGAAGAAAGCUACUUUAAGGGCAUUAAGACUGCUUAUGACUCUGUCACUUUGGUCGCCACGCCUUCUGUGGAACUAGAAAACGAUUCAAGCGUCCCUCAUUUAAACGCUCGGCAAACUUUGGCUUUGUUAGUGGCGGCUUUGGGUCACGAUGUUGGCCAUCCUGGCGUCACCAAUGCAUUCAUGAUCAAAAACAACGCACCUACGUCUCAGAUUUUCAGCGAGAGGUCUGUGCUAGAGCUGUACCAUUCUUCUGUUUUCAUCAACAAAAUCUUACGAAUCAAUGCGCCUUAUCUUUUAGAGCAGAGUGCUGGCCCUGAAAGUAAGUUAACGAUGAAAAACUUGAUUAUUGGGAGUAUUCUAGCUACGGAUAUGGCAGAACAUUUCGAGUACAUUAACAAGUUGAAGACUUUUGGUCAAUACUCCUCCAAUGACGAAAAAGUCACAUUGAUCUCGUCUCUUUUGAUUAAGUGCGCAGACAUUUCUAAUGUCACGCGGCCGCUCCGAGUCUCGUCGCAAUGGGCACUGGUACUCUCAAGAGAGUUUGAAGAGGUCGAUGUGCUAGACAAGUUAGUGUCGACCAAUAAUAAAGUCAAUCUUAGUGUCAAAUAUCCCAAGUUAGCCUACAGCUUGGACGAUAUAUUGAAUACCAAUCCUUACAUCCAUAAGGGUCAAAUCUUUUUCAUUCUGACUUUUGCCGAGGGCUUGUUUCGGAGUAUUCUGGAGCUUUUACCCGAGCUCUGCUUCACUUGCGAUAUCAUAAAAGAGAACAAGAGUUUUUGGAUGAAAAGGAAUCAGAUGACAGCGUGA